AUGAUUGGUCCAGAAUGAGGUCACAACCUCCCCCCAGAAAACACUGCGAUUGGUUGGUGAAAUCAUCACAUUGGAGGGAAACAAUGGCUGAAGUGAAUUCUGACAGUGACAGCGACCUUGAGUCGACCGCCCCCGUGAAGCCUCAACCCAAACGGCGUCGUAUCAUCGACCCCUCGUCUAUUACCACCGUUCCUAUCUACUCGAACAAGGUGAACAGCAGCUUACAGCUGAAUCCAACUCUCUUCGCCUGUGAUGUUAACGCAGGUGACAAUGCAGAGGAGGUCAGUUUGUGGGCCAAGUCUCCACCCUCAAAGAAAAAGAAGCCAAUCAUCAUUACCUUGAAUGACUCAGAGGAUGAGUCUGAGACAGAGGACAAAGAUCCGGUAGACAUCCGUUCCCCCUCUCCACCGCCACCUCCAGGCAGCCCUUUUGUCAAAGUAUCCAAUCGGGCCAAUCGAAAGAUUCUAGAGAUCAACAGAAAGCUAAAGGCUGUGGGCUCUCUCCUCUCUCCCGAGGCCAAGGAGCGGUCUGGACGCCGCGGCUGCCACUCCCCUCCUCUCACUGAGUAUGACGAUGAUGACAUCAUCCUCAUGUCCCCAAACUCCCGGCCCAGGAGCCAGCCCCUCGCCCCCUCCCGAGAUCACAGCCCCCUGACAUCCAGAGAGAUCGCCCUCAAGUUCCGCAGCCGGACAGACCUCUACAAGAUCCCUGUGUUAACUACGGUGCCUCUGAGCAAAGCAGUGGAGCAGCUGUCAGUCAAGCUCAAAGUACCACCCUCCCGCAUCCUGUUACUGAGGAGAGACAUAGAGCUUCCUGUUCACUCCACAGCCAAUGAGCUGGGCCUGGGCAUCGCUGACAUCAUAGCAGCUGUGAUGUCUCUAGCCGACCCCACCUCGGACACCACGCCCUUCUUCUCUGACGACAGCGAGGCAGAGGGUUCAGAAGAGCCUGGUGCGGGGCCUGGCCAGCGCCGGGAAGAAGAGCCAGCCAGCGGAGUGUCCAGCUUGAGAGCGGUGUUCACCAUUAUUGUCCUGUGUUUCAUCAACCUGCUCAACUACAUGGACAGGUUCACUGUGGCUGGUGUUCUGCCUGAUAUUGAGCAGUACUUUGGGAUCAAUGAUGGGAAGUCAGGGCUGCUCCAAACAGUCUUCAUCUGCAGCUACAUGUUCCUGGCUCCUGUCUUUGGUUACCUGGGUGACAGGUACAACAGGAAGAUGAUCAUGAGUGUGGGCAUAGGCUUCUGGUCCAUCGUGACACUCGCCAGCUCCUACACGCCCAAAGAAUAUUUCUGGCUCCUGUUGUUGACGCGUGGCCUGGUGGGUGUCGGGGAGGCCAGUUACUCCACUAUCGCCCCAACCAUCAUCGCUGACCUGUACAUCAAGGAGAGGAGGACGCAGAUGCUCUCUGUCUUCUAUUUUGCCAUUCCAGUGGGCAGUGGUCUAGGCUACAUCGUGGGGUCAAAGGUUGAUGACUUUGCAGGGGACUGGCAUUGGGCCCUGCGGGUAACUCCAGCAUUAGGACUGGUAGCGGUGGUGUUGCUGCUGUUUGUGGUGAAAGAGCCAAAGAGGGGUGCAAUCGAGGCCCGACCGGAGCACACACUCCAAAGGACCAGCUGGUUGGGUGACAUGAAGGCUCUUUGCAGGAACCCCAGCUUUGUGCUGUCUACGUUUGGCUUCACGGCAGUGGCCUUUGUGACUGGCUCCUUGGCACUCUGGGCCCCGGCCUUCCUCUUCAGAGCUGCGGUCUUCACCGAAGGGAGGCCCCCCUGCGUUAAGGGGCCAUGCGACACCUCCGACAGCCUGUACUUUGGCAUCAUCACAGUUGUGUCGGGGAUCCUGGGCGUGGCCAGUGGUGCAGAGGUCAGUAGGAGACUGAGGUUGAGGACGCCGAGGGCUGACCCCCUGGUGUGUGCUCUAGGACUCCUCCUCUCAGCUCCCUUCCUCUACCUUGCCAUCGUCUUUGCUCAGGCGAGCCCCAUCGCCACCUACGUGUUUAUCUUCCUGGGAGAGACCUUCCUGUCUAUGAACUGGGCCAUCGUAGCGGACAUACUGCUGUACGUGGUGGUCCCCACGCGUCGCUCCACGGCUGAGGCCUUCCAGAUCGUUCUCUCUCACCUGCUUGGAGAUGCUGGGAGUCCUUAUCUCAUAGGCGUGGUGUCAGACUCUCUGAAGCAGACUGACUCGUACCUAUGGCAGUUCCGCUCCCUGCAGCUCUCUCUCCUCACCUGCUCUUUUGUGGCAGUUGGGGGCGGGGCUUUCUUCCUGGCUACCGCCCUCUUCAUCGAGAAGGACCGCCAAUGUGCCACAAACUACACACCCUCAGAUGAUGAACCAAUUGUUGUACCCAAGAGCGGCAGGUCCACGAGGGUGCCAGUGUCCAGUGUUUUGAUUUGAGGAGACAAAAGGGGCUUUGGAGGCUCCUGUGGAAGAUGCUGCACCCUGAUUGGUCCCUAUUUGUGACCAAUCGUGCAGCAGUGUUUUUACGACUAGGGUCUUUGAUUGGACAAUGCCCUAUGCAGAGACUUUUAUUUAUUAUUUGUAACAUUUGAUGUGAUAUGGUUUUUAAUACCUUUAUCUGCUGAGGAACAUGCCAGAGUCAGAGCUGCCAAACCUUCCGCUCAUAAUUUCCUGGUGUUUUUGUAGUCACCAACAAGAUAUUCCACUUCUGAUUGGCGUCACAUAUUGGCAUGACAAUAUGAGACAUAGUGACUUAUGAGAGAUGUAUGCAGGCUUGUAAACAGGAAGUCAAAGAGCCACAUCAAUGGAAGGCUAACCUCUGUGGCUGGAAGAGGUGACCAGAUAGAAGAAAGAGGGAGCUUUAGAGGUGAAGCAACUUCUUUACCUGAGGGAAAGAAGGAAGCAGAAAAGCCUUUUUUGCGUUCUGAUGCGUGCACCCCCGUUAUAUGUCCUGUUGAAGCCAAUGUGUCACAGGGUCACAGAUAGGGGUGUCACUCCUAGACAGACACUCAUCCUUUACUCCACAGGGACUAUAUUUCGACGGUAGAGACCUCUGGAAAACCGCCAGGAUAUUUUUCACCCAGCGCUCUGAGUGGUAACCACUACAUCCCUACUACUGCUGCUGUGCUUAUUGCUUGGGUCUGAAACACAGAGCUCUGAUUGGCCACGGAAUAACUACGGCCGGCCCAUUUCAAAGCCAUUCCAACCAGUGCUGUCAACAAACUAAGACUGUAAAUAUGAUGCUUGUCCGUUCAGUGUAACCACAUACUACAUACAGUAUCAGACUGAGAAAAGGGAGUUUGCAGGCACAGGCCAGUGGUACCCGCAUUGGACUUCAAACCCACUGAUCAGUUGUGCGAUGUUGCAUUUUUAACAGCCUAAUCAUGCUUGAUCUGUUUUUAAACCCGUUUGGUAUAUUAUACUAAUAAUAACACUAGAUUUGUCCCUCAGCGACCUAGAACGUAGUGGAGAGACAAAUGUAUGUUUCAGACAGGUCCAGAAGGUCAUCUAUGGUUUAAGACCUUUCUUUAAAUUUUAUUAUUAUUUUUUCAUUAGUAAUUACUGGUGUUUUUAUGGAAUGAUCUUGGGAGGUCAGGUGCACUUUGGGUUUUAGUGACCUCCUAUAGAGGCACUGAUGUCACAAUGACCAGGAGAUCAAAUCAGGUCUAUUACAGAGUGUAAAUUUCUUAGUUGUCUGAGGAAAAUGAAUAUCCCUUUUUUAAUGAAGGCGAUUGUUACGUUCUUUAAAAAUAAAAAAAAAGGGUUAUUUUGGAAAGUGAAUCCUUAAAAUAAUUAGUUAAAGUUGCUAGUUUUGAACCUGAAUUUUAUUUGAUGUAACCUUUCGUUGAAACAUUAAACGAUGAGAAUGAAUCGUU